CACACGGUUCUGCCGCGCGCGCGGCCGGAUCCAGUCGCAGUUCGAACCUCGAGGAGAUCCGAGCGUGCGUGAGCACCCGUCCCGUAAUCCUGGACCACGUAAACGGACGCCUCGGAGGAUCGUGCCGGGAUCUUCUGGCAUGCGAUCAGGAGCAUGCAGCAGAAGCCACUGAGAGAGCUGGGUUUGUGCCUCAAUACCGGGGUAUCAACGAACAACGUUGUCGUCGCCGAAGUUUGCAACGAGACUCGCGGGGGACUUCCCCUUCUUCAAGUAUGGCCCAGCGAUUCGCCCAGAGCCGAUGCCGACGGACAGGCCCAGGCUUUUGUGUUCCCGGACGUGCAGGAAAGUGUCAACGACAGCGGCAUCGAGUCCAUCCAGGCGUCGCCGUCACCAUGCGGUAUCACCUGCAACAGCCCGGCGAUGACGCCGCAGCAAUCGCGCCGCGCCAGCCUGCUGCAUCCGGAUCACGCGCGGCUGCAGCUGCAUUACCUUCAUCACAACCACCAUAACGCGGGAGCGAAAAGUCCGCCGUCGCCGGACAGAACGUCCAUAGACGAGGACCACGAGGACCGGCCCGUGCCGCCGAGUCCCUCCAGUUCGACUACCAGCAGCCUGCGAUCAAUGCCGAGCUCGGCGAUCGUGUCGAUGCACUCGCAGGACAGAAGACGCAGCAGCAGCAGAUACAGCAUGUUCGAUGCUCUGGAUUUGGAAUACGCCCUACUGAGGGCCGCGGCUCGCGGUUCCGUGGGCCCGUACUCCCUGUCGGAGUCCCUCCACAAGCUGACCUUCACCCAGAGCCUGGCCUUUCCCGCCUUGGCGCGCGGUCUUGCCGCCAAGCAGAGCGUCCCGAGCGGAAGAUCCCAGCAGCCCACGGAGAGCGGGCUGAACGCCUUCGCCAAAGUGGUGACCGCGAUGGUGCUGAUGCUGGUGAGCGUGCUGGUGUUUGGUGUGGUCUACAAGUUCGCCAAGACGUGAGGUUGGCUGCUGACACCCGGCCGGUAUCCUGGAUCGACACAGGAUAACAAUCGUUUGGGUGUCGGCGGUGUCUUCAGCGGUAACGUCUAAUGAGGCCUGAGGAAGGGUCUAAGUCUCAACUCGCUUCCCGUGCGAAAAAAAAAGAAUUGAGAAGUAAUGAAGGUGACGGAGGAUCUGGAAUGACGUUUCGACUGUGUACUACGUUCGUCGGUCCUUCGGUGGCGGUGUGUGAAUGGGAAGAUGAAUGAAAAGAUGGUGACGACUCUAGAUAAACACAGACUCAUUCUAGACGCAAUCAGUUGAGUUGUAAAAAGAUUUUAUACCUGUUGUCUUUGUCGCGUAACGAUGUGUGUAUUUAAGUACUUAAUCUAAAGUUUUAGUGAAAA